UACCUCUCUCAUCCCUGUGCCAUAUCUUUACUCUACCGGUCUAUACCUCUCUCAUCCCUGUGCCAUUACCUUAUUCUCCCUGUCCAUACCUCUCCCAUCCCUACACCAUGCAUAUAUCAUUCCUAUCCACAUUAAUACCGUACAUGUACCCUGCAUGGACCAUACCUGUAAUAAGUCAGUAAUAAGACUUUUCUCCCUCUUUCCAGACUUGGUUUGAGAAAAACUGCCUAUCUGAGGAUUGUGCUGCAGAUCUCAGACUACAAGGUGAACUGCUGGUUCUUGGAGUCCACAGAUGGCCCUACCUGGCCCUCGGAGGAGUCAAGAACAUCUCCCUUAACCUGUCCGUCUCCAAUGCUGGUGAUGAUGCCUAUGACACCAACAUCUUCUUCAAUUUUUCUAGGGAACUCUAUUUCAUCAAGAUGUGGCAGAAGGAAGACAAGGGCAUUUCCUGUGAGCUGCUGGAACUAGACUUCCUGAAGUGCAGUGUGGGAUUUCCCUUCAUGAGAGCACAGACCAAGUACCAUUUGGCUGUGAUCUUUGACACCAGCCAUCUUUCUGGAGAGAAUGACACCUUAGAGUUUCAAGUUACUGCAAAGAGUGCAAACCCAGAAGAUGACAGCAAGCUUGCAGACAACACGUUGGAGCUGUCUAUUGAUCUAGUCCAUGAAGUGGACACAACCAUCACCGGGAUGGUGACACCAGCUUCAUUCGUAUAUGGGAACUCAGUCGAUGGCACUAACUUCGUACAGCUGGAUGACAUGGAAUGUGACUUUCAGCCUUUCAACCUCACCUUUCAGGUGAUAAACAAUGGACCCAGUCGCCUUCCUGGGGCUCUGGUGGACAUCCGCAUCCCCAACCGCCUGGCAGGCAAUGGAGCUGAUAUGUUCCAUGUUCUUGACAGCCAGGUUGCAGGGCACCAAGGCAACUGCACCCCCCACCAUAACCCUAUGCCUUGCAGCAUACCCCAGGAGCGAGAUAGCAUCUUCCAUACAAUCUUUGCCUUCUUCAUCAAGUCUGGUCGGCGUGUGCUGGAUUGUGACCGCCCAGGCCGUGCCUGCCUCAUGAUAACCUGUGCUGUUGGCUCACUGGCCAAAGAGGAGUCUGUGAAUGUGGACCUGCGAAUCCUGCUUAACACAGAGAUCCUGAAGAGGGACAGCUCCUCGGUGAUCCAGCUGGUGUCCAGGGCUGGCGUCCGCGUGGACAGCAGGGCGGUGGAAGUGCUGGAUGGCCAGCCAGAGGAUGUAUCUGUGGUUUUUGAAGCACUGCACAACCAGGAGCCCCGGGGAUAUGUGGUGGGCUGGAUUAUCGCCAUCAGUCUCUUAGUGGGAAUCCUUAUCUUCUUGCUACUGGCUGUGUUGCUGUGGAAGAUGGGUUUCUUCCGUCGGCGGUAUAAGGAGAUCAUCGAGGCAGAGAAGAACAGAAAGGACAGCGAUGAGAGUUGGGAUUGGGUCCAGAAGACCCAAUGAGGAGCAUGCCUUCACCACAGCCAUUAUGUCAUUGGCCCCUCGGCCUGUCCGCCAGCCAAUGGGAUCCAGCCCCUUCGAUCUUCCAUAUGUGGAAGAAAAGAAUCUUCUCCAGAUUUUUCGGAGGCUCAAAACUUUAGGUUGGUGAAAAUGAAGAGCGGGAAUUGUGGAUGAGAUGGACUGAAGAUCAAACAUUUUUAAAGAGAAAGACUUAAACAGAUAUUUCAAAAAUAAGAGUGGACAAGAAAAUAAAACCCUCAGGGCCUUGAAUGUCUCACAAGCUUUUUAUUUUUAUACAUAUAUGCUUCCUGAAUUGAACAGAACUGAUGCUACAAACUCCUUGAAUGGUUUGAAAUAUCUGAUGUUUUCUUCUAAGCACUGAUGACUGUUAUGCUUUAAAACUCAACCUCUGGUUGUUACGCAAGUGUCCGGCAGUGGCUGUCACCAAUGCCACUGUCAGACGGCUUUUUUUUUUGUAGAAAUGAACACUGUGCCUGAAGUCACAUGUCUUCUUCAUGUGGCAGGUGAGUUGAAAAUAGAGGUGUUGAUGUAGAUCCCAGGCUGUGCAGAACAGGAACACAGUCUGCUAAAGCCUACAGAUGCAUGUCAGCCAAGAGCUGCCACACACUUGUUCCUGCAGGAGAAUGCCAGGCUGUGAAGCAGGCACUUCAGGGUCGGGCAUGAAAGUACUCAGAUACUCAGAAACAUUCCCUCAUCCUUGGAAUAGAGCUACGUGUGUGUGGGGGGGAUAUAGUGCAGAGGAACACACAGGGUGGUAGAUGAUCAAUGUGCAGGCAAGUGUCUUGUCCAGUGGGCUACAGGAUCUCUUCUGCCUUUUGUACAUCAGUCCUCUAAAUUCACUUGCUUGCACAGAUUUGCCUGAAGGACAGAGUGGUGAUACCUGUGUGUUUGUGUUCAAAGUGGACUCCACUGUGGCAGCAUGCAGUGGCAUCCCCUAUGCCUCACUGCGCAACACUGAUCUUCUUUCAGGGCAUUUUGUGCUGGAAUCUGUUCCCCUGGAGGAUCUCCCUGUGAUUGGGUGGAAUGUUCCUUGAAUUGGACCCACAAAAAAAAAUUCAGUUCAAGGCUUGCCUUACUGAAAGCACACUUUGACCAUUUUUUUUUUCUUAUUGCCUUGGAUCUGAUUAUCUGCACUCCAGCACACCCCAUUAUCAGAGCUGUCAAUCCAAACCCUGUUCUACUGAAGAACUCCCUGUAUUCUACUCUGCAGUUUGCCAGUGGUAACCAUCUGUUUCUCUCGCAAGUGUGUGUGGAUUAUGCCUCCAGCUUGACACUGCAACAGGUUUAGUGUCUAGGGGUGUUGUGUGGCUUAGUGGGCUAAACAUCUGCAUCUGGGACCAGAAGGUCACUGGUUUGAGCCCAGCCUUGGCAGAAUAGUAACAUGGCUGUGGGCCUUUGAGCACGGCCCUUAACCCGCAGCUUCCAGGGAGCCACAAGGUGGCUGCCCCUUUGCUGUGACCUCUCCCCCUCCCUCCCCAAGCUAGCUCUCACCUGUAUAGAGAUGAAGCAAAGUGAAGAGAAUUUCACAGUGGGGAUCGAUAAAGCAUGACUAUCCAUUCCUAAAGUACUUGCCUGCAGUGUCAUCACAAAAUGUACUUCUCACGAAUUAAAAAUAUGCAAAGCAACCAAUCUGCUUGACAGAGUUUUUAAGAAAUGAAGUGAGAAAAUCAAUAGACCAAAAGCAGACGAUGCGAACAGUAUCACUAGUGACUGGGAUGCUCAGUAAUGUUUGUUAUACAUUUUUAACAUCAGGUGGUUAAAACAUAAGUGGGAAUGCAGUUGCUGUAAUAAUUACCCUAAAGUUCCGCCUACCUCAGGGCUGUGAUGGAUCUCUGGUGAUCUUCUGGACCUGCAGCGUCUGGCUUUUGAACUCUGCUUUGUUUUGUCUUCAAAAGCCACCUGCUUUUGCUUUGUAUUAGCAAAGAAUAAGAGGCGAGGUGAUCAGUCUGGGUAUGUUCAUCGUCUCUGCUGGAUUCCUCAGUAACUCUGCACCACAGAACGUGUGUGAGAGCAGAUGCAGACUGUUUUGAGUAGGAGCUUUUCAUAAAAUGCUGGGUGAUUUGUGUUCCUCCGUUUCUAACAAGUCGUAAGGAAGGAAAGCUCUGAUGACAUGAUGAUUUAUGGCUGGAUGAGAGACGGGAUGGGAAUAUGUUUACUGUUGGGUGCAGAGCCCCUCAAAGUCCAGAGGGAGCGAGAUGUCAUGAGCUAAAAAUAAAUGAGGAAUGUGGUACUUUAUCUCCAUUUGAAUGGUUGUGUACAAGUCAGUGCCGCAUGGUUAUAGUAAAUGGUCCUUGGAAGUCAGCAUGCUGGAAUGCAAGCAGGAAGCUGCAACUUGUAUGCUGUGACCUACAAAAACACUUUGACUUUUAACUCCAAUAAUCACUGGCAGAUUUUGGGCACAGGACCUGCAAACUUGUCUGAAGUCUGGUUAAUACCCUGUUAGACAUGGCUGGGGGGGAUAUGACAAGGGAACCACUUAGAUCAUGGUUUUAAAGACACCAUAUAGAACAAACCUAUGAAGGGGCAGUAAACGCUGUGGAAUUAAAGAACUGAUCUGAGGUCAGUUAAGAGGGUAAGAACUUGGGUGCCGCUUCUAAGGCCUUGACUGCACAAUUUGGAACAAGGGAUGAGGCAUCAAACUUGCUGUCCUUCGUAUUUCUUGUUGACUAAGAAUGAAAAUCCACCUUGAAUGGUUGUUUGUGCUUGAGUGGGAAAGGAUGACCCUCUUAAUAUCAUCCCUUGCUAAACCAGCUCAAUUCUGUGCUCUGUUAGAGGUGGUUGUAUCUUGAAUAUAUUUUAUCAGUUGCUACCACUGGCUGGACAAAUACACAACAGCUAUAACUCUGUCUUUAACUGACUUGGCUUAGUAAUUUGUAUAUAUUGAUGCAGAGAGAAGAUACACUUGACAUUCAACACGUGAGUCUAAAUUUUUUUGCUGUUGUUUUUUAGUACUACGUUGUCACCUCUGUCACUUAUUUCCUAUAUCUUUCAGUCAAAAACUACUGCCACUGAAAAUUGAUGUAAAAGUAUUUCUAUAUGACUGGUGUGUCCAAGCUCAUGUUAAAACUGUGUAUUUAUGUACUGAUAUUGACAUGUUAAAAUAAAAGCUUUGCGGUUAAUGAA